UUGUUGUUUUUUCACCUGAAAGUCCCAUGCUGCCCCACAGUUUGGAAUGUUCUCCAGUGCAACUCGCUUCUGCUGGUGUUUGCGUGAAAGCUCGGUCGGGUAGUGCCUGCUUCUGGUUCUCCAUGGCGCGGGCAGACAGAUUCACUGCUCGGCAUCUUUGCUGUUGACGCCGUGAAACGCUUCGUUGUUUACUUGAUGUCGGGCCAGAGCAAGCAGCGCAAGAUGGCGGGCCGAGCGUGUUGCGGUGCGUGACUGGACGUUGGCUUCAUGACGUCAUGAGAUGGAAACUGCCGAGAACAAGGGGCUGCAGUCUCCUCCCUCUCUCUCCCACUUCCGGCCUCGUGUCCGCUCCCCGCGCGUGCUGUCCAGGGAGCGCUCCGCAGCCGUGGUGGACGUCAGACGAGUGACUGCCCCUUUGGCGACCCCCUGGCGGCCGGUUUUAUUGUUAACUAGUAGACACGUGCCAUCCAUUUGUCGCUUGUGAGGUCUUACUGUAACGGCAUCUCACCGCAAGCAUCUGGGAGACAGGGCGCAGAAAGUUUGUGAUCGAGUGUCGGGACCAAAAACAAGGCGUGAUAACGAGGCUUGAUCUGCAGAAGUGGGUGAGACACACGUGAGAUAUGUGGAAGAAGGUGAUUGCAGUUCUCAUUGGCAUUGUCAUUGGAUACUGGUUCAUCGACGACUUUGAUCCAGACUCGCUGAAGGGCAAGAGGGUGCUGGUGACGGGAGCGUCGACAGGUAUCGGGGAGCAGAUCGCCUACCUGUACGCCAGGUUCGGGGCCAGCGUCGUUGUCACGGCGCGCCGCCAGCAACAGCUACAACAGGUGGUUGCUCGCUGCAGGGAGCUGGGGGACCCGACAGCGAUCUUCGGUUAUGUUGUUGCAGACAUGGCCAACCUGUCCUCUACUGAACACGUCAUUCAGGAUGCUGUUCAGCAGCUAGGCGGCCUGGACAUCCUGGUGCUGAAUCACAUCAUACCUCAUAACCUGGGACCAUGGACGAGCUCUGCACAGAAUCUGACGCUACUACAGCGACUACUGGUCGUCAACCUGCAGUCUUACGUGCAUCUGACGUCACACGCCCUGCCACACCUGACGGAAUCCAACGGCAGCAUCAUCGUCAUGUCGUCUUUAGCAGGAAAAGUUGGCAUUCCUUUUGUCGCCGCCUACUCGUCCACCAAGUUCGCUCUCAACGGUUUUUUCGCGUCACUACGCAACGAGUUAAUCAUCUCGGACACUCCUGUCUCCAUCACCUUAUGUACUAUUGGACUUGUUGGUACAGAGAACGCGCUGCAUUACUUGAAGGAGUUCGGCAGCAGGGUCUCUGACACCAUGAGGUCCGCCAGUCCAGCCGACGUGGCGCUGGCGGUCAUUAAGGGAGGAGCACAACGAACGAGGGAAGUUUCUACCCUUACCUGUCCGCGCGAGCCCUUUGCCUCAUGAGGGACUGGACGCCGGAACUAAUCGACCUCAUCUCGCGAACCGUCAGCACCCCACAUCAUGUCAGCGAGUAGCACUCACUUCGUCUCGGAGAUGGUGGUGAUGGUUAAGGGGAGGGAAAUGAUAUCAAGAACACAGAAUACCAGUGGCAAAUAAAUGGAAGGCAAGUCAGUUCACAUCAGAUUGUAGCACACUGCAAGACAAUAUGCCAGUAGGAGUUAUGACAGCAGUCUGAUACAUGACAGUAUGCCAACAGCAGUUGGCGCCAGGUAACCGUGGGAAAUAAUACACCCGAGAGAGAUUACAGGGUACGCUUCCACGUACAUCACGCGGGUGAUAAAGAAGGAAAUUGCUCAGAUGUACAGAAGGUGUGUGGGACAUUUUCGUUUUGAGAAUAAGCAAAGUGAACAUGUGACUGACAAGGAGUGAUACAAGUCUAGCAGACAUGUUAAGAAUUGGGAGGUCAGAGAUAUUCUUUGCUGAACAAAAUAUUACUCUUUUUAUGCUUGUCACUUUUUUAACUUUGUGCAGUUUCGACAGACCUAAAAUAAGAGAAAGCUUUUGUUUGAAUGUAAAAUCAGGUCUACGUGCUUGAAAGAUUGAGUUGUGGCCAAUCGGUGAGUUGAGCGACAUUUCGUAAUGUCUCUAACGCCAUGCUAGUCGGUUGACAAUGAAGCCCAGACCAGUGAUGACACUGCUAACGGAGGAAGGAAAUGGGUGGAAUGUAUAAAGUCUGCAGAGAUAAUGGAACUUUUUUCGUUUUUAUUUAUUUAUAUUUUUGCGCCAUUAGUCAUUUUUAGACCAGUCCAGUGAUGUUUAUUGUGUGGCACCUCCUUGAAAGGCCAGGCAUGAUGCAGCCAUAAAGUUGCUGACGGCAUAAAGUGACAAUAUUCGACAACCGCGACACAUGCAACAAACUCCCGUUGCUAUGGAGAUAUGACAAAACGUUUCAUGGAUAAUCACUUCCCCAGUCUAACUACCGCCUUCAUUCAGUAUCAUACUCCUGCAACCGCAACUGAAGGAACGCAACCUGCUAACAAUAAUUACCGUUUCAAAAAAAAAAAAAAAUAUCAAGGACAGUUAUAAAA